AGCGACGAGGAGUGCGUUCGGUUGUUGCAGGGCUCAAUGGCGGACAGAGCGGUAUGGGAGCGUUAGCAUUGAAGACAAUAACAUCCAUACCCUUCAAUUCUUUGUCUCGACUCGGUACACCACCGGGUUAUUCAAGAGCGCUCAUGUCGACCUAGCCUCUUUGGCGAUAUCAAGUGGCGUGGACGGAACCCCAGUGCUCGACGGUCUCUUUAAACCCGGAGCUCCGAGCGUCACAGAAGUCCCGAAGUCGCUCUGUUCAUGGUGGCUAGCGGAGCUACCUGCAGCACAACAUGGGAGACUCUCUGGAGUUGAUGGGGAAGCGACUGUUCCUGCUGCUCUCCGAGGGCAGGUCCGACAGCCACGGAGCGGACGGGGCCGAGCCGCAGAAGGCCGGGCCCCGCCGGGACUGGCUCCGGGGCACCGUGCGGGCGGUCAGCGUCAUCGGCCUGGCGGCUCCCGAGGCUGGCGGAGGAGAAGCCGCAGCCGGGCUCACGGUGUUUGUGGAGUUCCAGAACGCUGUGCAGCAAUGUUCCUGGGUGCAGGUGUACGGGGAAGGAGUGAAGGCGCUGCUGGUGGAGGAGUCCAUCGUCUGGGCCCCCCAGAGUGACGGCACUGGGUCAGCAGCCGCCUCGGCCAAUUCCUCUGUCUGGCCCGCUCUGACCUUCCGCUCCUUGGUGGACCGAGUCGGCCUGGGUUCAGUGGUUCCUGUCGAGUUCUUUGGAAAAGGGAGUUUUGAGUUCCUCCCCGAGGAUAAGUCCCUCCAGAAAUUCGAGUUUGAUAAAGACCUCAGACACUCCUGCGUGCUGGAACACCCCGCACUGCUGGCCUCCAUCUCCAGCUGGCGCAGCGACUUUGAGUUACAGGAGAUCUUCAGAAAGGGAUCGUACACUAUUCAGGGGCGCAGGGUUCGAGUGUACCAGCCUGAGUUUGAGGAGCGCUGGGCAAUAGGGCUGGUCUCCCAGCACGACCCCCUCACACACAUCAUGGAGAUCACCAUGGACGAGGGAGAUGAGAACCAGAUGGUGGACCCUCGUGUGAUUCACGUGAUGCUCACAGAGGACGAGCUGGGUAAGAACGCCCGUCGGAGGAAGGAGAGCGAGGCGGCCAAGGUGGACAGCGGCCGGCGGCGGCGCUCGGCCUCCGACGGCGAGGACGAGAAGAACCUGAAGCGCUUCAAAGGCGCCGGAGAGGCGGCCUCCACGGACGGCGAGGCCGGCCAGGCCUCCGCCGCCGGGCCGGGCCUCUGGACCGGAGAGGGGGGGGCGGCGGCGGCCGACAGCGUCAGCAGCACCACCAAGAACGGGAGCUCCAGGUCCCCGGACGACGUCCCCGCCCUGCUCGUGGAGCAGGCGCACGCCGCUCGGUCCUCGGGCCAGGUGAAGGAGAACGGCCGCCCCCUCUCCACGCAGGGCGUGCCGGACUCCACCACGCCCCUCCCUCACACGCCCACCCCCCCGCCCCUGAAGCCCGCCCCCUCCCUGUUCUCCAACACCUCCUUCCCGUCGUUGGGCCAGAUGCCCAGCCUGGUCCCUGGGGGCUCGGUGCAUAAGGCGUCGGCGGCGCCCCUGGCGGAGCCGGCGUACCCCCGUACGGCGGCGCUAGUGUCCCCCGGCCCCGUCACCAUCGCCUCGUCCUCCCAGGGCAGCGGGGCCAGCGUCACCCUCUCCCCCGCUGUGGCCUUCAGUCCCAAGGCUCCUGCCUGGGGCAACCAGACAGAGGGCUCAAAGACCCACCUGGGCUUCCGUUCUCCGGCCAGCCUGCCGGGGGCGGCCCCCGUGUUCGGGGAGGUCAGCUCCCAGACCAACGGGGCCCCCGGCGCCACCGGCCCCCAGGACCCCUCCAGACCCUUCGGCUUUGGCUUCGGGGGGGACAAGAAGAAGGACGCCCAGCCCCCGCAGGACCAGAACUUGUUUUUCCAGUGCAUGACCCAGAGCCCCGGCCCGGCCCCGAGCCCCGCCGCGGCGCAGUCCUCCCCCAAGGACACCAACUACUUCACCGCCGUGUCGGAGGGUCUGGGCAAGGAGCCCCCCAGCCUGUUCAAGGCCGCGGACGGGCAGAAGAAGCCCGCGGGCCCCCACGGCUCCGUCGCGCUGUUCGGCUCCCAGAAGGAGCCGCCCAAAGUGCCUGAGAGCCACGCGGCGGGGAACGGCGUGCUGGCCGCGGCCCCCGGGGGUGCUAGGGGCGCGGUCCCGGCCGUGCCGGCUCCGUCUUCUGGAGCCCACGGCGCCGGUAAGAGGGUCGGUAGUAACGGAGCCGCGGCCCCCGGGCCGCCACCUACCAAGACCCCCGACGGCCACCAGAACCUGUUCCUCCAGGCCUCCCAGGAGCCCCCCAACCCCUUCCUGGCCUACGGGGAUGCGCCCCCGGCGGCCUCCUUCGCGGGCUUCUCCGGUGCGGAGGCGGAGAGCGUGGCCGCGGCGUCGGACGGUAAGCCCAACCUGUUCACCAUGGCGGAGCAGCCCAAGGGGAUGCUGGCGUCGGCCUUCGCGGCCCUCCCGUCGGCCGCGGCCCCCAGCUCCUCUUCCCCCGCCCCGGCCUUCUCUCAGCGGCCCCAGAGCGAAGGAGCGAAGCCCAAGGAGGAGCAGGACAGCCAGGAGAAGCCCACCUCCACGUCGGGGUCCAGCCCCGGGGGGAACGGAGAGGCCCCCGGCCACUUCGAGCAGAGCCAGACCCAGAAGUUCAACCUGGAGGACAGGGGCCAGUCCUCCAAGAGGGACUCGGACUCCAGCAUCAACAGCGACCUGUCGGACCUGAGCGAGAACGAGGAGGGCCCGGACAGGGGCCCCGGCCCGGGCAGACCGCCGGGCCCCGCCAAAGAGGCCGGCAUGCUGCCCAAGUCUAAAACCGUGGGAGCGCCCAAGGGCCGCCCACGCACCAAGCCCUUCAAAGUGGGCCAGUCGGUGCUGAAGGACCAGUCCAAGGUGCGGCGCCUGAAGCAGUCGGGCGAGUCCUUCCUCCAGGACGGCUCCUGCAUCAACGUGGCGCCCCACCUGCACAAGUGCCGCGAGUGUCGCCUGGAGCGCUACCGCAAGUACCGGGACGAGGACACGGACGGAGAUGACGACCCCAACGUGGCCUGCCGGUUCUUCCACUUCCGGAGGCUGGCGUUCACCAGGAAAGGCAUCCUGCGGGUGGAGGGCUUCCUGAGCCCCCAGCAGAGCGACGCCAUGGCCAUGGGCCUGUGGCUGCCCGCCCCGGCCGUGCAGGAGGGCCUGGACCUCGACACGUCCAAGUACAUCCUGGCCAACGUGGGCGACCAGUUCUGCCAGCUGGUCAUGUCCGAGAAGGAGGCCAUGAUGCUGGUGGAGCCGCACCAGAAGGUGGCGUGGAAGCGUGCGGUGCGAGGCGUGCGGGAGAUGUGUGACGUGUGCGAGACCACCCUGUUCAACAUCCACUGGGUCUGCCGCAAGUGCGGAUUCGGCGUGUGUCUGGACUGCUACCGGCUCCGGAGGAACCGGCCUCGUGAAGACGUGGACGAGGCCCCAGAGGACGAGGUGUUCGCCUGGCUGAAGUGCGCCAAGGGCCAACCCCACGAGCCCCAGAACCUCAUGCCCACGCAGAUCAUCCCUGGAGCCGCGCUCUACAACAUCGGGGACAUGGUCCACUCGGCGAGGGGCAAGUGGGGCAUCAAGGCUAACUGCCCCUGCACGAGUCGGCACGGGAAGACCCUGGGUCGGCCCAGCGGCCCCAAUGGGAUAUCCCAGCACUCCUCCUCUUCCUCCCUCGGGGCGGCUUCCACGUCGGGCGUCGGUCACGCCGCUAAAUCGGAGGCCGAUGCGUCGGCGGUGAAGCUGGAGGCCGCGCAGACGGCGCUGACGGCGCUGACGUCAGACGGAGGCGGUGGCGAGACGGUGGGCGGCGCCAGCGGGCCGUCGGCGGCGUCCGGGAGCCAGGCCAAGGAGCCCCGCGCCGCCACGGGGGAGGGCAACAGCUCCGCCCUGCACUGGCUGGCCGACCUGGCCACACAGAAGGCCAAGGACGACACGAAAGACUCCGGCUCGCUCCGCUCCAUGAUGGGCCGGGACGGCCGGCCGCCGUUCGGCCUGGACGCUCUGGGGGCGCGCUCCAAGCCCUGCGUCUCCAGCCCCAAGCUCUUCAACAGCCUCCUGCUGGGCGGCAGCCUGUCCCAGCCCAAGCCCGAGGGCUCCAGCCUCAGGGACCUGCUGAACUCGGGCCCCGGACGGCUCCCCCAGGGCCCCGGGGACGGCGGCGUCCCCUUCCCCUCCGUCUUCACCUCAGGAGGCGGCGACAAGCUGAAGGGCAGCCUGCCCGACUUCCUGGACCACAUCAUCGCCUCGGUGGUGGAGACCAAGAAGGCGGAGGGGCGGCGGGGAGGCCCCCCGGAGGGCGGGGAGCUGGGGCUGCUGGGGGCCCGGAGGGAGGGCGUGAUGGGCCUCAGCGUGCUGGACCCCCACACCUCCCACUCCUGGCUGUGUGACGGGCGGCUGCUCUGCCUGCAGGACCCCAGCAACGGCAACAACUGGAAGAUCUUCAGGGAGUGCUGGAAGCAGGGACAGCCUGUGCUGGUGUCGGGGAUCCACAAGCGCCUGAAGGGGAACCUGUGGCAGCCGGACGCCUUCAGCAAAGAGUUCGGGGACCAGGACGUGGACCUGGUGAACUGCAGGAACUGCUCCAUCAUCUCCGACGUCAAGGUGCGGGACUUCUGGGACGGCUUCCAGGUCAUUUCAAGACGCCUGAAGGGCAGUGACGGACAGCCCAUGGUGUUGAAGCUGAAGGACUGGCCUCCGGGAGAAGACUUCCGGGACAUGAUGCCCACACGGUUUGACGACCUGAUGGACAACCUUCCCCUGCCGGAGUACACCAAGCGAGACGGCCGGCUCAACCUCGCCGCCCGGCUGCCCAACUUCUUUGUGCGUCCGGACCUCGGCCCCAAGAUGUACAACGCCUACGGUCUGAUCUCCACCGAGGACAGUAAGGUGGGCACCACCAACCUCCACCUGGACGUCUCAGACGCCGUCAACGUCAUGGUGUACGUGGGCAUCCCCCAGGAGGCCGGAGACCACGAGAACGAGCCAGAUAUCGCUGGACGCAAAGAGGUCAUGACGACCAUCGAGGAGGGAGACGUGGACGAGAAGACGAAGAGGAGGGUGUACGAGAUGAAGGAGAAACCGGGGGCGCUCUGGCACAUCUACGCCGCGAAGGACGCCGAGAAGAUCAGAGAACUGCUGCGCAAGGUGGGGGAGGAACAAGGCCAGGAGAACCCUCCGGACCACGACCCGAUCCACGACCAGAGCUGGUACCUGGACCAGGUGCUGCGGCGGCGGCUGCUGGAGGACUACGGCGUGCAGGGCUGGGCCAUCGUCCAGUUCCUGGGGGACGCCGUCUUCAUCCCCGCCGGGGCUCCCCACCAGGUCCACAACCUGUACAGCUGUAUCAAGGUGGCAGAGGACUUCGUCUCCCCUGAACAUGUGAAGCACUGCUUUAGACUGACCCAGGAGUUCAGACAUCUUUCUACCACUCACUCCAACCAUGAGGAUAAGCUUCAAGUGAAAAACAUCAUCUACCACGCGGUGAAGGACGCUGUUGGCACACUGAAGGCCCACGAACCACAGCUGGCCCGGCCCUGAGCUGACCCGACCCCAAGACAAACACACCACAACAUCACUUUGACUCACAGACGGACACAAACAUACACACGCACAGAUGGAUAAAGACACGCGCACACACAGACACAGACACACACACGCACACACACAGUAAUUGAGUGUAGGGAUUUCUUUUUUUUUUUUGGUCCGAGUAAAAACAAAAAAAGGUUUGUUAUUUGGGGGCAAUUUCGGCGCAUUCGACAGCGAGUGAGCUCAGAUGUGCUGGUUUUAAUUUUGGGGGCUCGUUGAGGUCUCCACCUUCUAGUUAAUUUUGCAAUUCUCUUUUCAUCGAGUGUGUAUUUAAGCUCCACGUUCGUUAGUCGUACUCGUUCUCUUUGGUUCGUAUGUGUAAAGACACCGGAGACGCCGGGGGUGGGGUGAGGAGUUAGGAAGCGAGGAUGUAGGAAGCUGCCGUGCCUUCAGAGCAACAAGAGGUUCAGCUGAUGCCAGUGACAAGGCGUGAGCACCAGGCAACCUUCUACUGUUUUGAUGAACUCAAUGUUACGUUUUAUUCCUUCGAUAGCACCAAGGUUAACCCGUGUUCCUAUACACGUUUCUGUUGUUGGUGGGGGAACCAAGGCAACGGCGUCCCCGUCCGCCCACUGUGGCUGAGCGCGACCCAUGAAGCAGCCAGGGAGGGGAGCAGACCAAAGUUUUGUAUUUUUUUGUUUUCACUUUUAAAAGUUGAUCAGCAUUUUAUACAUCAGAAGGAAGGGGGUUAUGGUUGCUUGAUUGUUUUUAAUCACCCGUUUCAUGGUUGGAAUGACCCGCGUCCUCGAAAAUGUUCAAGAAUUAUGAUUUCAGCUUAACCGAACUACUGGCCCUAAAUGUUAUUUCAAUAUACGAGUAUUGAUAUUAGCAGUAUGAACAUUUUUUUUUUCUUCAAAAUAAAGUUUACAAAAAAAACA